AUGGGAUUUGUGGUUUGCACUUCACAGCUCACUGUGAACGCGGGCGCGCGGCGUGCGUGCGUGCUUCCAGAUUUCGAUGUCGAGGAAGGCGAUGGAUUGAACCGGAGGACGACGGUUGGGGAGGGGACGACCAGUGAGCUUCGUAUCCGGACUAGACUGCCCCACCCAAUUACCAGGACCUCAUCAUCCUCUCUUCCUCCUCUGCUCGCCAAGUGCACCCACGUCAUCCAAUUCAAGCAAAUCCAUGCCCACAUCCUCAAGAAACCCCAUCAUCGGCAUCAUCAUACAGACUCUGACCUCACCCAGCUUGUUCAGUCAUUGCUUGGUCCGGGGUCCCACCAACCCCACCUGGAUUAUGCGCUCGCGGUGUUCGAUCAGAUAGCCCGUCCCUCUGCCUUCCUUUGCAACACUCUGUUGAGAGCCUGUGCUCUUCAUGGUUUGGGCAACCGAGGGAUCCGUGUGUAUCAUCAAAUGAUGCUCCAGGACGUGGAGCCUGACGCUUACACUUACCCGUUUCUUCUGAAGGCUUGCUCCGAUCUUGGUCAAGGGAAAGCCGUCCACUCGCUCGUCCUCAAACACGAUGCGCUCAACUCCCACCUACAUGCUUUGACUUCUUUGGUUACUUUCUACUGCAGAUGCGGUGAUCUCGGCUCUGCGCGUUCCGUGUUCGACAGAAUGACCCAGAGAAAUCUGGUUUCGUGGACGGCCAUGAUUUCUGGCUAUACCAAGCACAUGAGGUAUGAGGAGGGACUGGCCUUGUUUCGAGAAAUGCUGCUUUCCGGGGUAGAGAUAAAUGAGUUGACAUUGGUAAGUGUACUGUCAGCUUGUGCUCAUCUCGGAGCUCUUGACGUGGGUAGACGGGUGCAUUGUUAUAUCCACCGGAAUCAUGUUCCUCUUAACCCUUUAAUCGCUGCUGCACUUAUUGACAUGUAUGCAAAAAGUGGGCGCAUGGACAAAGCAUCACAAGUCUUCCAAACGGCACCUGUAAAGAGCGUUUCGACUUGGAAUUCUCUCAUCGGCGGACUUGCUAUUCAUGGUAAUGGAAGGGAAGCCUUGGAGAGGUUCCAGCAAAUGCAAAUGAAUGGAACAAAACCGGAUGAUGUCACUUUUAUCACCUUGCUAUCUGCAUGCAGCCAUUCAGGACUGGUGGAGGAAGGCCAGCAGAUAUUCUAUUCCAUGGGAGGAGACUGUGGGAUUCAACCUAAUAUCAAGCAUUUUGGGUGUUUGGUAGAUCUCUUGUGCAGGGCAGGCAGAACAGAGGAGGCUUACCGGGUCAUGAUAGAUAUGCCCAUUGAACCCAAUGAGUUCCUCUGGGGAGCUCUGCUCAAUGCAUGCGCUCGCAAUGGUGAUGUUUUGUUAGCUGAGAAUGCCAUGGAAAAGCUUGUUGAGUUGGAGCCAUUUAAUGAUGGAAACUACGCUCUCAUGUCAAACAUUUACGCUGCUAACCGACGGUGGAAUGAUGUUGGCAAGGUCCGAAGACUCAUGAAAGAUAUGCAGAUCAUCAAGAACCCUGGUCUUAGUUCGAUUGAGGUGGAUAACAUUGUGCAUGAGUUCAUGGUUGCAGACAUUAAGCACCCAUUUCCUGGAGAGAUUGACUGUACAUUAGAAGAUUUGGUGAUGACAAUUAGCUGAACAAAGCAUAGUCAUAUUGCGCAAGGUAUGCUUCAGACAGCUUUUGACGUAGUUACAUGGCAAAACGACAUCUGCAAGCCAAUAUUUAUA